AUGCACAGACGUUCGUCUGGCUCGCCUAGCGAGGACGACGCUGAAGAUUCCUUAAGCUCUCGAACUUCCACAGAACCAAGUAAUGGUCCCAAUGUCACCGACACGCCGGAAAAAUCGCGUUCGCAGGUAGCCCGCACAGGCACCAGCUUCGACCUUCGUCGAGACGCCACGGGCGCCUCAACCCCCAGGUCCCGAAACUCGAGCAUGUGGAGGACGCCGCCAUCCUCGUCGACCACUAUAAUUCCUCCGGAUUGCAAGUCCUCUUCCGUCAUGAUGCCAUUGGCCUCGCAACGACUGCCCAUGGAGGCGUCGUCGGGCAGUCCGCACCGGUAUCGACCGUCCCGCCUCCGCAGUCCGUGGCCCUGUUCCAUUCCGACAGCCUUCACCACCCUCAUCGCUUCGAUCUUCCUCUUUUUUAUCCUUCGCUCCUUUUCACUUCGUCAGACUGGUGGGGAUGGCUGUGGAAUCCCGGUUAUGAGCCCGACUUUCCUUCGCAUGGUGGGGUUUGACACGGAGCAUACGCGCUUUGCCAGCAAAUAUAAUCUCUAUCUCUACCGGGAGGGAGGCGUGGAUGAGUAUAAUCAGGAGAAUCUCGGGUUGAAUGGAGUCCCCGUCCUGUUUCUCCCCGGAAAUGCUGGAAGCUACCGGCAGGUCCGAUCCUUAGCCGCCGAAGCGUCGAGACACUACCACGAUGUGGUUCGCCAUGACGAAGAACGAUUGAACACUGGUACUCGAAGCCUAGAUUUCUUUAUGAUCGAUUUUAACGAGGAUAUGGCCGCCUUCCAUGGGCAAACCCUACUCGACCAAGCCGAAUACGUCAAUGAAGCCGUGGCCUAUAUCCUGUCCCUUUAUCAUGAUCCGCGACGCUCGCGAAGAGAUCCGGAGCUACCAGAUCCGAUCUCGGUUGUCCUCAUUGGGCACUCCAUGGGUGGCAUCGUUGCGCGAACAGCCUUAACGAUGACGAACUAUCAAGCGAACUCGGUCAAUUCGAUUGUCACCAUGUCUGCUCCCCAUGCCAAACCGCCCGUCUCGUUUGAUUCCGAUAUCGUUCAGACCUAUAAGCAAAUCAACGAUUAUUGGCGGGAAGCCUACUCACAGACGUGGGCCAACGACAAUCCUCUGUGGCAUGUGACCCUCAUUUCCAUUGCUGGCGGUUCGCGCGAUACUGUUGUGCCCUCAGAUUAUGCCAGCAUCUCGUCUCUCGUUCCCGAGACUCAUGGUUUUACUGUGUUCACCUCCACCAUUCCCGAUGUAUGGAUCGGAAUGGAUCACCUGUCUAUCACCUGGUGCGAUCAAUUCCGGAAAGUGAUCAUCAAAUCCUUGUUUGAAGUUGUCGAUGCCCGACGCGCCACACAGACGAAACCAAGGGCAGAGCGGAUGCGAAUCUUCAAGAAAUGGUAUUUGACCGGUUUGGAGACUGUAACGGAGAGGACGCUUCCGCGAAAGGGCGUAUCGGGCAAGAAGUUCACCCUUCUUACGAAUCAGCAAUUCGAUAAAUCCGGGGAUCAUGGGAGCCUGGAGGUUCUCUUCUGUAGUGUGUUCCCGCUGCAGAAUGGGAAACCUGCAACGGCAUUUUCAAUGAACAUGGACUUCUCCGGAGGCACUUCCGGCUCGACUCGACUCGCCUGUAAAAACGCCGCCGAAGAUGGGAUUCACUUGCCGGCCUCGACACACUCCUCGAAACGUCCUUAUGACCGGGUUCAGCCUUUCUCGUAUCUCCAGUACGAUCUGGAGGACCUCGCGGAGCACCAGUUCGUAGCCGUCGUUGACAAAGCAAACACGCCCACGAAGGGCUUCGUGCUGGCGGAAUUUUCAGAUAGCUCGGAUGCGGUGAUCAGGGCUCGCUUGGGUUUGGGGAGCCUACUUAGUGCCGGGUUGAAAGUCCGUCUGCCAGCGAACCGUCCCAUGCUUACGGAACUCAACAUACCCGCUAUACACUCGAGCCUCCUAGACUAUAAACUCAAGAUCGUUCGAAAGAGCCAUGGGAAACAGCAGGAAAUGUUCGCCCCCCUUUUGCGGCAGUCGGUUGCAGAUCCGCAUGAAUCCAAGUUCUUCGUUAAUGUCAAGGAUGUCAAUGUGAACCUGCAUGGGUUGGCGCCCUUUAUGCCUCCACCCCUUCGCGACCAGGCGACACUGGGCGGGGUUUCUUUUCACCUCUGGACAGAUCCGAGCUGCGAUUCUACGGUUGACAUUUCUUUGACGGUGGAUGUUGCUAGCAGUCUCGGCGAGCUGGUAAUGCGGUAUCGGACUGUAUUCGCGGCUUUCCCGCUCCUCGUUGUGGCCCUGGUCCUGCGUAAGCAAUUCCAACUGUACGACGAGACCGGCUAUUUUAUCACAUUUGCGGAAGGUCUGGACAGUGCUCUGCGAUCAUCCCUACCUAUUCUCCUUCUAGCCAUGUCGCUGCUGGCGUCUUCCCUAGCGACCUCUACUAAGUUACCGCCUACUGACGACCCGUUCCAUUGGCGUACGAACUCCACUGAAUCCCCAAUUGACUUCACCAAGAACGACCUCCUUCUGGGCUCGCAAGACGCUUUCUUCUGGUUUCUAGUGCCUGUGUUUGGCCUGAUAAGUGUUGGAGUAUGCCUCAUGAUCAAUUAUGUAACCCUCGCUCUUCUCUUCCUUCUCACCACCAUCUACGGUUUUCUGAGGAGCAAGUCGGGCUAUAUCCGACGUGAUGAGAAAGGAAACCUUCCGAUCUUUUCUUCCGCGAGCCCCAGACGACGACUGGUCAAUUCCGCCAUUCUGUUAGCCCUUGUGUCGACAGUCAUUCCGUAUCAAUUCGCAUAUAUGGUGGCCUGUAUUGUGCAGUUAGCAACCAGUGUCCGGGCUAACUGGCAUGCCAAAGAGGCUAAAUCCACUACUCAUUAUAACUUCGCCAAUCUUUCUUACUCGAUAUUCCUCUUGAUGCUGUGGGUUCUGCCGAUAAAUACUUUGGUUCUCCUCGUUUGGGCCCAUAAUCUAGUUGUGCACUGGUUCAUGCCAUUCUCAUCUCAUCAUAAUGUGCUAUCAAUUAUGCCAUUUGUUCUCCUUGUGGAGGCCAUGACUACUGGAACUAUGAUCCCCAGAGUCACCACUCGCUUCAAACAUGUCACUUCCAUCCUCUUCUUCUUCAUUGCCAUUUAUUCAGCGAUCUAUGGCGUCUCGUACGCCUACCUCCUUCACCAUCUUACUAAUAUCCUCGCCGCCUGGCUAGUCGGCAUCUACUUCUCUGCCAGCGGAUUUUCCAUUUCACGACUCUGGCGAAUCCUAGAAGGAGAUGACGCGGUGCAAGCCCCUACGUCGGGAAGCCACACGAAGAAAAAGCCAUGA